CCCCUGUAGUUCUUCUUCUUCUUCCUCCCUCCAAAGCAAAGCCAAGAGUUCUUGGUUCUCACCAUGCAAGGCUCUGCUCGUGCGCCAAGGCAAAGGCAAGCAUGCAAAGGUGGCCAGCUCAUGGGUCAAAGCAGGCCAAGCAAGUUGUUGGCUCUCAUCACAAGCAUGCUUGUGCUCUUGCUCAUGCGUUGAGCGCCAAGAUGCCAAACUAUCCUUCUCUCGCGCACAAGGGAGAAACCGGCCCUCCCUUUGUACGGGCUGAUUUCUCUCUUGUUUGGGAAGAGAAAGAAAGCUGGUUGGGUUUCAUUCAUCCGCCCACGAGAGAGAGAUAUAGAGAGAGAGCAAGUUGGGAACAAGGAUCGAAGAAUUCCAUCUUGUUCUACAAGAGAGGGGGGAAUAAAUUGGUAAGAAGGAUUGAUUUGGCCUUGUUAUUUUGCAGCGACGAACAAAGAUGAAGCGCCCCCUCCAAUCACACGCCCAUUUGAGCGAGCUCGAGUCCGACCCGGCCGAACCGCACCGGCGGACCCGAACCCGGCCGUCCCGCAGUGACGGCAGCUCACCUGGCUGACGCCGUUCCCCCAACCCCCCAAGUCACAAUGCCGUUCCCAAUCCCAUCCAACCGUCCUAUGUAUGUACAGUAGGCGCGGGCCCGUACACCUAAUCGCCUCCCCUCUCCACCCCGCCGCCCCCAGCCCCCUCGCGCUCUCCUCGCCGCGGUAAGCCGAGCCCCUCUCGCCGCCCCCCUCGUCGCCGGCGCAGCUCUCGUUGAGGUUCGCCGACCCCAGCCAUGGCGACGGUCCCCAGCAAGCCGGAGCCCCUCUCCGACGUGAGCGACCUCAGCCUCCACGGUUCGCGUGCUCCAGCCACGGCGACGCUCUCCGGCAAGCCGGUGCCCCUCUCCGACGAGAUUCUCCUGAGCGACCUCAACCUCCAGGCCUCUGCAGACAAGGAGGCCGGCCUCACCAACGGCCUGGCGGAUUCAUCAGAGAAGAACAACGAGGAGGCACCAUCUGCUGAGAUUAACUCUGAGGAGUCCCUUAAGGGUGACAAGGUUAUUGACAUAGGCCAGAAGGUUCUCAAUGCGCCUGAUGCGCUGCCCCCUGCUGACCUGGCUCCCUUCCUGGCCUGCGAUGACAUUGAGGGGAAUCCUAACCCAUGGGUUCAAGUGGAGCAUCGCCGACCUUGUCGCCAGGCAGCCCAUCCUGUUGCACCGGUUGACAACAUUGGUGAUGUGGAUGGCCUGGGGGAACAGGGUGUAGAUGAAUUUGAGGAUGUAUUCUGGCUGACAAAGAUUAGACAGUACAGGGUUUCAAGGAGGAGCACCAAGUCCCGCCCACGUGCCUUGGUGGGAGUAAGGAGUGGCCCUGGAGUGUUCGUUUUCAACUACUGAUCUGGCAAGCUGUAUCUGAAACUUCUGUGGGCAGGAGUCUGGAGUCGCCCUGAAGUCUUCGUCUUGAACUACUGAUAUGAGAGGCUGCAUUUGAAACUUUUUUGAGUGAGGGUCUUGUUUGAAUGGAGCUACAUAAAUUUUACUACAUACUAUUUUCUGCUUGAUAUAUUUUUAGUAAGUGGUGUUUGCCACCUUGUGCAACAGUGCAAGCCAUGUUUGUCACUCUUGGAAGGUAUUGGCCAGUGUUAAAUGCUAUGUUGCUGAGUGUCUCUUAUUCUGUUUCUCUAGCUUGAGAUUAGUGUUAUCUGCUUUUUCAGCUAUUUGUUGUUUA